AUGACCCCCAAACCGAUCGAGCCAUGGCUUUACGAAGACCUCGUGCACUACUUCAAGUAUGCGAGCUCGGCUUAUACUGCUUUGUGCCCAAGGCCGAAUGGGCGGGUUCUGGUGUCGGAGAUCUCGAACUCAUACACGGAUAUACAAGGCUAUGUUGCGCGUGACGAUGAACGCAGGGAACUCAUUGUUGCUCUGCGUGGUAGCCUCUCGAUGACGGAUAUCCUACUCGAUGCUUCCGUCGUACUUGUGCCCUUCAUUUCGCCAGGGGUGACUGCACCAGAUGGCGUUAAAGUCCACAGCGGAUUUUUGGCCGCCUGGAACUCCGUUGCACUUGAAGUCAUCGCGAUUGUGACCGAGGAGCUUGAACGACUGGCGGGCUGCGGCUAUUCCUUGGUAGCGACGGGUCACUCACUCGGCGGCGCGCUUGCGACGAUGGCAAUUGUGGCAUUAAGGCAGAGGUUCACGGGGGUACCAGUUACGAAGCUCUACUCCUACGGCGCACCGCGGGUGGGAAACGCAGAAUUUGCGAAUUGGGUAAAUCAAGUCGUGGGCAGGACAGCGUUCAGGGUCGUGCACGCAAAGGAUGGCGUCCCGACAAUGAUUCCGACGUCGAUGGGAUAUGCGCAUCACGGCGUCGAAUAUUGGCAGAAGUGCGAGCCUCCAGCGCCGGAGAACACGGUACGCUGCGCGUGCGACGGCGAAGACCCAAAAUGCUCGGCAUCUGUGCCUAGCGAGGGUAUCAAUGAGGAUCAUAUGCAGUAUUUUGGAAUUAUUGCGACAACGCCUUUCUGUUGGUGA